GGGCCCCGCCAAUCGCGGCGGGCUGGCGGCAGGGAAAACACUAUUAUGCUAAUGGUGUUUUGCUCGCACUCGCGGGGAGCGGGGUUUAAAAGGCAGGGCCGGGGGGCAGGGGCUCAAAGGCGGGAGGCAGGGCCGGUGUGAGCGCGAGCGGGCCAGCGGACGGGACGGCAGGAGAGGAGCGGCGGGGGGGCACCGACGCCUUCCCGGCCCGCCGCGUCCUGCCUGGCGGCGAUGUCCAACGUGCACCUCUCCGGCGCCGCCGCCCUGGAGCGCCUCUCUGCCCGGCGAGCCCUGGCCGGGCACGGCCGCAGCCCCGUCUGCAGGAGUCUCUUCGGGCCGGUGGACCACGAGGAGCUGGGCCGGGAGCUGCGGGAUCGUCUGCGGGAGAUGGGGGAGGACGACCAGCGCCGCUGGGACUACAACUUCCAAACCGACACGCCGCUGCCGGGGCCCGGCCGCCUGCGCUGGGAGGAGGUGGAGGCCGGCGCCGUGCCCGCUUUCUACCGGGAGACUCUGCAGGUGGGACGGUGCCGCGUCCCCCUCCUCCGGGCGCCCCCUUCCCCGCCGCCGCCGCCGCCCGCCGCCGGCAAGGGGCCCGGGGGCCGCCUGAGCCGGGAGAACCGCGCUGCGCCCCGCCGCCGCGGCAUGCGGCUCCGCCGGAGGGGCCCGACCGCCCGCAUCACAGAUUUCUUCGCGAGGAGAAAAAGGCCGGCGGAGCCCAAGGCAGCGGCGGAGCGCCCCGCCGGCUGUCCGCCGCCCCCCGCCGCCGUGCCGGCUGAGCAGACCCCCCGCAAGCGGCUCCGGUGAGCCAGACUUUUGCACUACUGCACCCACGGGAGAGGCGCGUCGCCUCGGGAGGCGCAACGCCCCGGAGGCGCGGGGGGCCGGGGCGGGCGGCGCGGCGAGCCGGGACCCCCCUGCGCCCGCCCGGCCUGGGAGCGGGAGCCGGAGCGGAGCCGCAGCGCCGGCCGCGCACGGAGCAGUGUUAUCGUACAACAGUGCAAUGUAUGACGUUCUGUAUAGAAAUGUAUUAUGCCUAAUGUGAGUACACUGGCCAGAAGUGUAAAGCUUUAAAAGUCAUUUAUAAGAAAUGUUUAAUCUCUGCUGAGCUCUCAGUGCAAAAAAAAAAAAAAAAAAAAAAAGGAAAAAUUAAAAAAACAAGUGUAUAUUUGUACAAAACUUUUUUUAAGAGUUAUACUAACUUAUAUUUUCUAUUUAUGUCAGAAACGUGGAUAACUUUGACAUCCAAUAGUCUUUUUUUUUUUUUUUUUUCUUUUGGUUAAGCCAAAGGGCACUAUAUUUGCUUUUGUUAUUCACAAAAUGUAAAUUUAUUUUUAUAGUGGAAUUUUUUUUUUUUUUUUUGCUUUCACAAGAUGUAGCUACGAAUCAAAAUAUUUUUUAGACUUUACUUGAAGACAAAUCUGUUUCAAUGGAUCCUGAGCCGGUCUGUACCACUGCCAUUGCAAAUAAUGCCACAACUUCAAUAAUAAAAGUCAGGAAACGGC